CUUUUAUCUUUAUACUACAUAAUCCAACUCUUACAACUUUCUUUUAUUGCAAGUAAACAAUAAGCUUUUUAUCAUAAUUGAACAUUUACUUUUUGGCAUUGAAGCUUAUUAACAUUUUUAUAAAGAUCGAAACAAUAUAUCGUUUAUAAUAUUACUAUGGAUCUUUCUCGGUCUCCUUCCCUUAUUAAAACCAAGGGGCCAGAAAUUACUCUUUCAAGUGAAGAAAAACGUGUAUAUAGCCAACUUUUUCAAGUUGCUGAUGAAGAGAACAAAGGUGUGAUUUCUGGACAAAAUGCUGUUAAACUCUUUGUGAAAUCUCAUUUGCCAUCAUCAGUUCUUAGCAAUAUCUGGCAAAUUGCCGAUAAUGAAAAUAAAGGUUUUUUAACACAACAAACUUUUAGUGUUGCUUUAAAGUUGAUCGCUCAGGUACAAAGUGGUAAAUCGCCUGAUCCGUCUAACCUUAACGCCGAAGUACCUGUCCCUCGGUUUGAGGGUAUUGACAUUGAACCAUAUGAAAAGCCGGGACAAAUUAUUACAGAUGAAGAUCGUGAAAAAUAUAAAGACAUGUUUUAUAAGCUUAAUCCGAUUAAUGGCAUUUUAGAGGGUGGAAAAGCUAAAGAAUUUUUCAUGAGAUCAAAGUUAAAUGUUGAAAAGCUUGGUCAGAUUUGGACAUUGGCCGAUACGAAAGUGCGCGGAAAAUUGGAUUUGCCAGAGUUUAUUAUAGCUAUGCACCUUAUACAACAAACUAUGAAGGGUUCAAUUAAAACACUUCCUUCUGAACUCCCCAACGGAUUUUAUGAAAUGGCAUCAGGGACAGAAAUAAACACUCCGGCUUCUCCGCCGAUUUUUGCUAGAAAUUUGAGUUCACCUAGACCAGGACAAUCUCCAGUUACAAGACACAUGACAUUAGAUUCAGGUACAAUAACACCCUCUAUUUUUCAGGAUAAUUCAUGGGAUGUGACUGAAAGAGAGAAAGCAUCAUUUGAUCGGCUUUUUGAUGAAGAAAAUAAAAAUGGCUAUAUUACAGGUGAAGGGGCUGCAAAUUUCUUUAUGAAGUCAAAACUGCAUCACGAUCAGUUGGCUCAGAUAUGGGAUCUUGCAGACAUUAAUAAAUCUGGUCGUCUCAGUAGAGAUGAAUUUGCAGUCGCUAUGCAUUUAAUUACUAAAAAAAUGGCUGGUGUACCAUUACCUACACGUUUACCUGAUAGUCUAAUUCCGCCAUCAAUGCGACCUGUGACUGCGAGCCCAUUUAAUGAUUUAAAAAGGUCAACAACGAUGAGUAAUAAACCAAGUAGACCACAUACUUCUCAACCAAGUGAAUCGGAUUUAUUUUUUGAAUCAUUACAAUCAUUACAACACACCGCCGCUGCCUCACCUAGUCCAUUUUUUUCAAGUACAGCUUCUCAAAGCGGGAACGAAUUUGAUUUGCUUGGUGACACCGAUAUAAGUACCAAGAUUGCACUCGAGAGCGGUGAAAUAAAAAAUUACAAAUUACAGUCCGAAAAUUUGAACAAAGCUAUUACCGAUCUUAAAACUAAUCGGGAGAAUGUAGACUCUAAUAUUUCUUCAUUAGUUACGCAAAAGCAAGAUAUGAUGACACAGCUUUCGCAAAUUCGUACAUUAUAUGAAUCGGAAGCCAAAGCUAUGCGAGAAGUUCAAGCCAAAUAUGAAUUAGAACAUGAAAGUGUCGAGCGGGCUAGACAAGAACUUUUACAGGCAGAAAAUGCCUUUAAAGCAUUGCAAUCAGAAAGAGAUCAAUUGCAAGCUAAUAUUCAGAAAGAUCGUGAUGAAACACUUGAUAUCAAGAGAAGAAUGAGAAUUAUAGAAGAGGAAACUGUGUCAAUUAAAAUUGAGAUAGAAAAGUACAAAAAAGAUGAAAAACAACAAAAGGGAAUUCUGGAUAUUAAUAGGAAGCAGUUAUCGGCUGUUGAAGGAGAAAAGGAAAAAGCAUUUAAAACCUUGCAAGGCUUCGAAGACAAGAACUUAUCAUCGGAUGAAAUUAAUGAUCCAUUUGGUAAUGGGGCUUUUACACCUCUAGCAUUUAAUCCAUCAAAUACCACGCAAGGGCCAGGAAUUUCAACUUCUCAACCGAUUGUUGACUUCAAUGAUUUUCAAAAACCAUCUAAUCAUAGCCACCAUGGGUCUCUAUCUUCAAUAAGUGGAUCUCGUGUAAAAAGAUCAAUGUCAAAUACAUCCACAGCUUCUAAUUCGACUUUAGGAACUUCAAGCAUCAAAUCAGCACCUUUGAAUAAUAACAAAUCUGAUGAACUUUCGUUUGAUAAACCUAUAACGGUAGCAAGUUCUAAACCAUCCGAAUUCGAGAACUUUUUAAGCGAUCAAAUAUUGAAUACUCCACAAGAGAUUACAGCCAAUGCUGAAAAUAAUAAAGUUAAUCCCUUUGAUUCUACUUUCAAUGAUCCUUUUGGUGUGGUUAGUAAUGAUCAAACUAAUAAGUCAAUUCAAAAUACUGAAGAAAGUACGGCAAAGCAAGACAUAUUUAAAGAAAGUGAAAAAAGUGAAGCAGAUCCGUUUGCAAAUAUAAAUAACGUUCCAACACCCGGAAAGCCUGUUUCGAAUAAUGAUGAUUUAAAUUCUGAUUCAUUUACAAAGGAAUUUCCUUCCAUAGAAGAACUUGAAGCUUCUAUGACUAAUGCAUCUAAUUCAGGGUUUGAUAACAAUUUUAAUAGUUUAAUAACCAAUAAUGAAAAAAAAGAUGAUAACUUAAUGAAUGUGAAUAAUUUGAUGGAAACGAUUCAAAAUGAAAAAUCGGACAAUACUUUUUCUAUUGGUACUACUGCGGAAGCUGUGUCGGUAAAUAAUAUGGAAAUCAAUACUGAUAACAAAGAUACAAACAAUACUUCUAACAAGGAAUCUGAAUCACCUUUUUCUAUUUUGGCGGAUUCGACAGAAUCUGCUGAAACUGCUUUCCCACCACUUCAGGAUCCUGAUGCUUGGGUUUCUAUAGAAAGUUCAAAAUCUUUCGCACCGCAAGAUGAGUUUGAUGCAGCUUUUGGUGAUUUAACUGAAGCAAAAGUUACCAAAACUCCUCCAAUUGAGUUUGAUACUGGGUUUGAUGAUGCGGAUUUUGAAGAAGAUGUUAAUUUUACGUUCGAUACACCUACAACUCUUACAAAAUCAUCUUCAACUAGCAAUAACAAUACUCUUACAUCUUUUAAAACUAACAAUUUUGCGAAAUCUUCACUAGAUUUUGAUAAAGACGAAAAUUUAUUCGAUGAUUUUGAUCCAUUUCCACCAAACGCACCAUCUUCCAAUAAACCCAAAGCUAAUCUUGACGCAGCAUUUGGUGGUAUCUCUGCGGAACCUUCUAAAACAAAUUUCGACGACUUUGGUUUCGAUGAUGCCUUUUCAGAGUUUAUGCCAGCUGAUAAAAAAUCAACGACUAAUACGUCAAUAAAAGCUUCAACAUCAUCUCAGCCAAAGUUACAGCCAACUACUCCUGCAAACUCUAUUGAAGAUGAUGAUAUUGACGAUGUAAAACGACUUUUAGUUAUGGGUUAUAGCAGAGAUAGAAUUGUUAAAGCUCUCGAACAAAAUAAUUAUGAUUUUGAAAAAUCACUAAAUUUCUUAGUUGAAAAUUCAUGACUCUUUUGAUGUAAUUUAAAUAUGCAACUUAUACACUUGUCUCCUGGAUUGAAAAUUUAAUAUCUAAUUGAGGCUUAAUCCAAUCAAAUCAGAUUUUAAUUUAUGAAUGUGUUUAGUCAUUAUUUCUUUAUGAUAUUUUCUUUAAAUUAUUAUGAAAAGUUGAUUUGAUACAAAAUUUUAUAGAUUAGUAAAUUAAAUUCUUAAGCUGAAGAAAAACCUUAUUUAUUAUUUUAUAUUUCUUGUAAGUUAAUAAAUUUAUGAAAAA